GUAACAACACAAAACAGAAUACCAAAUUUUGAUCAAUCAUUAAACCAUGUCCACCUUGGUCACAGCAUAGAGCAAUCUAAACACUGUGAAAAGAAAGAAAUGCAUCAAAAAAGAAUACAGACUUUGAGAAAGGAACUUGAAUAUAUUAAGUCAACAGAAUGGGAAUUUGAAUAUGAUAAAGGAUUUGCGCAAUAAAAACUCGCUGCCAUCAAUUUAAUUUUCAUUAAAUAGUUAUUGUUGAAGUAAAAGAAAAAUGUUUUCAUACAUGUCUACAUUAUUUAAAUAUUUAUUUUCUAAAAACUCUGAAGAAGAUGACAAUGAAAAAGAAGAUUUUUUAGCAGAACAACUGUUGGAUCUGGAAAUAAUUAAUGAAACUCAAAAUGAAUAUGAUAAUAAAACAGAAGCUCAUGAAUUUCCCAAAAAUACAGUUUGCUUCCAAAAAACAGGAGUCAUAACCUGCAUAAAUACCUCAGAAAUUGUUAUUGACGAUUCACUGUAUUUUGAUGCUCAGUCUUGUACUUUGGAUUUAAAAUUUAAUGAUCAAGUUCUGUACCUUGGUUACAAAAACCAAAAUGAUUCUACAGUUGUUGUCAGAAUAUUAAAGAAUUUAGGAGCAUUUUGGGACAGUGGAAGAGAUAUAGAGGAAUCUGAAGAAACUGUCUAUGGUAUCAUUGAACAUGUAGUGAUUGGAGAAGUUGAUGAGAGAAAAAAUAGAUAUGUGUACAUAAAAGACAGUGAUAUAAAAUUUAGUUUAGAUGAUGUUGCUUCAAAUUUAGUUCCAGUCAGUGGUGACUGGUUAGAGUUGAAAUGCAGUGUUCAGUGGAAUGAAGAAAAGCCCACUGAUAUUUCUCCAAGCCAGGUUUUAAAAGUGAAAUCAAUUAGGCCCUUGAGAAGUAAAAUCAAGAAUGUUAUCAUUGAUGAAUGGUUUGGUGAUUAUGGAAUAUGUGAUAAAAACAUAUAUUUUAAUAGACAAUCAAUGCAAGAUGGGAGUGUACCACAAAAAGGGAAUAAUGUGAUGUUAGAAGCUAUUGAAAGCAAUCAAGGAUUGUGUACAUGGAGAGCUACCAAAGUAAUAACUAUACAAGUUAGUGAAUUAAUUGAAGAUGUUGAUAACACUCACAUUGAUGAAGAAAAUAACAGUUUGAUAAUAGAACAAGAACAACAGAUAAGUGUCACUCAUCCAAUAGAUUUUGAAAAUAUAAAUUUUAAUGAAUCAAAAUCAAUGGUAAUAACUAUUUUAAACAACAGUGGCCAAAUGCAUUACAUUAAUAAGUGGAUUGUUCUCAAUAAGAAAAAGAACUCACAAAUAAAUCUUACGCCUAUUUUAACAAAACCUUGGAGACUUUACCCACAGCAAAAGUUUACUUUGACUAUAACAUGCAGACCAAAAUUCUUAGGUAAAACUAGGGAACAUAUAAAAAUUCUAUUUAAAGGGUUUCAGAUAGAUAGGUAUGUUAAUAUUCAGGUGGUAAAUGAUCUGUUUUUAAAUAAAAAUGCCCCACAUAAAAGGAAGACAGUGCAAGAGAGCAUAACGAAAAUGAAGGAGAUAAUAUCAGAAAACAACAAUGCAUUCAUGCCUGGUGUUAAACCAUUGAAGCCUCCAAAUUUUAUGGCAGUUCGACUUGGCGCAUUUGCUAUUCCAUCUAAAGUAUGGGCGGCAGUACUAGGAGAUUCCGAACAAGCAGCAUAUAGUCCAGACUUUGAUCAAAUUAUAAACAGAAUUAUAAGUUUUCUGCCUUGUCUUUUACAGCCUUUGAAUAUUAAUAAUUAUACAGAUAGAUGGCAUACAUUACUCUAUAUGGAAGAGAUACAACAGAAUAUAAACAUGCGAGUGUAUGAUUUGUCCAAAGUCUUUUUGAUAAGGUGUCAAGAAUAUCUUGGUGUUGAAAUAAAAGAAUUAUCAGAAAAAAGACCAAGUUUAAUGCUUGGGGAUAAAGCAAUAGUCAAAGACAUCUGGGAUAGCAAUGCACCUGCCUAUGAAGGUUUCAUACAUAUCAUUAAAGGAGAUGUAGUCCUUAUGAAAUUUCAUCAAAAAUUUCAUGAAUCAUAUACAGGGAGUGAUGUGUCCAUAGAAUUUCAUUUUAGUAGGACAAUGUUUAGAAGGGCCCACCAAACAAUAAAUUUCGCAAUUACCAAAUUGGGUCCUGAUGUAUUAUUUCCUUCUCGUGUUUCUACUCAUUCAUGUCUGCUUAGUCAAAAAAGGCUAAGUACAAUCAAAUGGUUCAAGAAAAAUUUGAAUGAUUACCAAAAGUCUGCCGUUUUAAACAUCCUUCAGGGAGAAUGUCGUCCGCUACCAUACUGCAUAUAUGGACCUCCAGGAACUGGAAAAACUGUUACUGUAACAGAAUUAAUUCUACAAAUAUUGACACAGUUUCCUGAUAGCAGAAUUCUAGUAGCCACUCCUUCUAAUAGUGCCGCUAACCUCAUCACUGAAAAAGUUAUUGAAUACAGAGAAAUGUUUUCAGAUUCAAUUUUGAGGUUGAUAGCACAUCACCUCGUAAAUUCUGAUAAUCUUCCAGAAUCAAUAAAGCCUUUUUGCUCAACUUUAGAUUUAUCAGCAGAAAAUACUAAACGAAGACAAAUAGAAUCAGGAACAAAUUCGAGAGGCACUUCGUUUAUUGGCAGACAUCGUGUCACUAUUGGCACUUGCUACUGUCUCAGUGGGUUGAUACAGCUAAAUUUACCAAAGGGACAUUUCACACACAUUGUGGUUGACGAAGCAGGUCAGGCUACGGAACCAGAAGUUAUGAUUCCUCUAAUACUAGCAGAUAAAGAAAGUAGUCAAAUAAUUCUAGCCGGCGAUCCAAAGCAGCUUGGCCCAGUUAUUUUGUCGAAAUAUUGCAAAGAACUGGGCUUGGAUGAGUCAUAUUUAUCUAGAAUUCUGGAAAUGUUUCCGUACCAAAAAGAUUACGACGCUUAUAAUUUAACUGAUGGAUUUAACCCGAGACUUGUGACAAAAUUAAAUCACAACUAUAGAUCAUUACAAGAAGUUUUGCAGUUGCCAAGUGCUAUGUUUUAUGAAGCUUCUUUAGUUGCUAAACUUGACAGAACUUCACCAUGGGUAACGAAACUACUGAAAGUCGUUUCGGAAAUAUUUCAAACAGCGGAUUCUGAAACGGGAGGUAUAUUCAUGUAUGGCAUCAGAGGUUGUAACGCUAGAGCUGAAGACAGUCCAUCAUGGUACAACCCACAAGAAGCUUCAAUGGUGGCACUGACCGUCUGCAAACUAUAUAAAAAAGAUGUUAAACCUGACGAUCUUGGGAUAAUAACACCUUACAUAGCACAAAUUAAAUGUAUACGCCUGUUAUUUGACGCGAUGGGAUUACCGCAGCCUAAAAUAGGAACCGUGGAAGAGUUUCAAGGGCAAGAGAGACCUAUUAUUUUAAUAUCAACUGUGAGAUCUUCGGAAUCGCAUUUACAAGAAGACCAAAAAAAUUCAUUGGGCUUUGUAAGAAGUGCGAAAAGGUUAAAUGUUGCUCUUACGAGAGCUCAAGUGGCGGUCAUUUUGUUUUGUGACCCUCAUCUUUUGUGUGUUGAUCCAUUAUGGAUCCAAGUAAUAAAUAGCACAGUUCAAAAUGAUAAAUACAUUGGGUGUGAUUUACCUCAUAUUGUAAAGAACAAUUUACGAAAUAAAUAGGUAUAUAAUAGUAAAAA